AUGGCCGAUCGGUCUCACCUCCGCCAGCGCCGCGAGAGGAACCGAUCUCUGACCGCCCAUCCUGCAGAAACACCAACAUCCUCCCUACGUACCGUUAUUGAAAUCUCGGAUGAUGACUCUGAUACUGACCCACCUUCGCAAUGGGCAUCUAUCUCUUACCGUCGGCAUCGAAGCAGUCCAAGCGAUGAAUCAGGCCUACAACGCUCAAGCAAGGGUGCCACUCGAUGCACCACUGGUGGACAAGCACGUCAAUCUCGGACCGCUCAAGAUCACAAACGUAUAAAGACAGAGACUGGGGCUGGGCAAUAUAUUGGCUCGAGUCCUACUAAUUCAAAACCGCGCAGAAGUCGACAAACAACACCAGCUUCGCCGGGAACGCCUCGUGUCACCAAGUACGAGCAUCACAGCCACCAUGGGUCAAGAACAAACCGCCGUCGUGAGCGGACAUACUCUACAACGUCGACUCCUUUCCUCAGUCCUGCCGCCACAACUCCCUCGCCGCGCCGCAUGUCAAAUUCAAGCAAGAAGCAGCCAGUCAACCCACCACCUUACUAUGUGGAUAGUCGGCUUGAGGCAAAAAUGUAUCGAGGCCCGGGCUAUGAACGGUUCCCCGUUGUCCUGGGUACCGUCAAGGGCCAUCAGGAGCUGUGUGACAAGUGGGAUGGUGAACAAGUGGCCAUGUUGAACAGGAAGGCUGCCAAGUUGCGACAACCCGUCCACGCCCCCUACGUGGUCCACGGCUCUGACUCGGAGUCCGAUGAUGAAGCAAACAGCGGUGGAACUUAUGCUAAGGGUAGCAUUGAGCAGGCAUGUCUGACAAGUGUGCUCGACGUUUUCCCCAACAUCGAACGUGCUUUUGUCAUAAAGAAAAUUCACGCCCAUCCUCCCCAGCCGGACUUCUACGAUGAAGAUGGCCAGAUCAUCGAGCACGGAGCACCGCAUAUCGCAGAAGAGAUCAUUGCUGAGGUCCUGGAAAUGGACGUAUACCCCAGAGAACGCGUGUCAAUUUCCAUCCCUACUGAAUUGAUCCCCGCCGAAGAUGGUACAGGUGUGACGAUAACAUGGGAUCGAGAACUGACGAAAGGAUAUAUGUAUACCAAAGACGCAGUGAUCCUUCUAGCCAAAACAUUCGACCAUGUCCCAACCCAUUACAUUGUCAAGGUCGCGACAGAGAAGAACUCCAUCUUUAAUGCUUAUGUGCAUAUUCACGAGCUUGAGGACCGCUUCUACUACCUCUCGGCGCGUCCUUACCACCGACUUAAUCGUGCAAGAAUUGCAGUUGAGAAGAAGUAUCAACUUACGGAGAAGGAGAAAGAUAGUCGCAUACAGAAGGAAUAUGCCAAUCGGGUGAAUGAAAUGCAAGCUGCCAAACAACAUGUUGCACGAGAGGCCAUAAAGGCAGCAGCCAAGGAGGCGAAAGCCCAAGAAGAAGCCGCAAACCUUGUCAGCCACAAAGAAAGCGGUGCAGUUCUCGAGUGUCAAUGUUGCUUUGACGACCAAGUCCCGCUCAACCGCCUGGUGUCUUGUACGGCAGAACAACCACACUUCUUCUGCUUCACCUGCGUAGAAGGUCUAGCAGACACUCAGGUCGGGUUGAUGAGAUAUGAAUUGUUGUGCAUGGACGGAAGUGCGUGUACAGCUGAGCUAGCUCCUGAUGGCGUUGGAAAAGCCGUCCCAAUCAAGACGUUCGAUCGCCUACAACUGAACAAGCAGCAAGCUGAGAUUGCGGCCGCCGGUAUUGAAGGGCUGGAAGAGUGUCGAUUCUGCGACUUCAAGGCAAUAUGUGACGAUGUCAGUGAGGAACUAGUUUUCUACUGUCAGAACCCAGAUUGUUGUCGUGCCACGUGCAGAAAAUGCAACAAGGACAGCCACCUCCCAAAGACAUGUGAAGAGAGUCAGAAUGAGAAUGAGUUAUCUGCACGACAUCUUGUCGAAGAAGCCCGAUCAGAUGCUGUGAUGCGAACUUGCCCGAGGUGUAAGGUCAAGAUUGUCAAGGAGUUCGGCUGCAACAAAAUCCUCUGCACCAACUGUCGCACCAUGCUCUGUUAUGAGUGCAAAGAAAAUCUCUCGGCGAUCCCCAACCCGUACGACCAUUUCAACCAGCCGGGAAGUCAAUGCGCAUUGUAUGACCAAGAAGGCGUGAACCGGCACGAGGCGGAGGCGAACCAAGCGGAAACAGAGGCGAUCGGAAAAGUGAAAGAAAAAGACGCCGAUAUCGAUGCGACGAAACUACGCAUUGAGACUGGCAAAGGGAAACAGCCGGAACUGCCAAAGCAACCCGCACCAGGCGCCUUCUACCGACACCUGAACGACGCAGCCGGUCGCUUGAAUGGCGUUGGCGAGGCCCAGCUGCAAGCGCCGAGAGACCAGAAUGAAAUCAUGAGAGACCGCAUGGAAAUCAUGUUGAGAGACCGCAAUGCAAUCAUGGCACGCAUGAUCCCUGGUCCUCAUGUUGGAGGUCUCCUCCGCCCGUGGCCCGAGGCCGCUAGAUUGCAAGAAUGGAGAGAUACUCUGGUGAGGGCUGAACAAGUUCAAGUUGGUCCCACCGACGCAAAUGUAGUGGUAGCCAGAGACGGGCCUCCAUUUCCUCAGUUGCCACGGACAUUUGGCCCCAAUGUGGCCCCAGCCCCUACCCGGCAACAUGCCCUCGCCGACCGUCCACAGCAGCCUGAGGAGGUGGAGAUGAGAGUUGACGGUCCCGACCACAAUCAGAGAUGGAGACUUAAUGACACCGUCUUGGGUCUGGACAGAGGGCAAGCCUACCCCAUUGCUGGAUAUCCGCCGCCUAUGGAAUUAGGCUUCGCAGGGGAAUUCGUCGGUCGUGGAGGCCACUACCAACCACGCCCGGUUCUGGACCCAUUUGAUUUCGAGCCAGCAGAUGAUAUCGCAGAUGCUGCCUCUGAGGCCCCAUGGCUUCCAAGGAUGCCUCCCGGUGGCCCGCCAUUCGAGGAUCGCCGCCACGCCUAUCCAUGA